CCGAGAGAGGUUGUAGCGUCUCCUCUCUCUUUCCUUGGCCGCCACCUGCAAUGGCGGGGACGGGCAAGUAUUCCUGCGAGACCGCAAGCCAAACCCUAGAAUGGAUCAACGCCAUCGUCCGCUUCAUCAAACCAUACGCCUUCCUCAUGAACGCUCACGUCGUCAAUUUCUUCACGGAUAGUUUAUGGGAAGCAGUCGAUAAGGAGUGGAUGGAUUGCUUGCGUGCGGAGCCUGUGGAAAACCUUAUCCUGUUUCCUUGCGGAGAAGUCCAGGAUCACUGGCCUGCUUCGCUCAAGAAUUUCCUACGCGACCUCAGGUCUCUCGUUUUUCCUCGAGAGCAGGUGGACUUGCAGAAGAUUUUCCCCGGUUUGACUGUAGCUUCACUUGGUAGUGUUCUCGCCCAAGGCAUGAAUGUUAAAAAGAAACAUGAAGUAGGCUGUUUCCCUAAUUUCUGUCAAAUUCUGUCUGCUAUUACAAGUUUCAUUGCAAAGAGGGUGGGAGCUCAAACAGUCGUCGACGUCGGUGCUGGUCAAGGUUAUCUUGCACAAGUACUUUCAUUUCAAUAUCAGCACUCAGUAGUUGCAAUUGAUGCUUGUUCUCAUCACGGGAGUGUUACAAAUGCACGAGCAGAAAGAAUUAAGAAGCAUUAUGCUGCUCAAAUACGUAGAUCUGGAUCAGUGAACACGAGUUUACUUGUGCCUAAGACAGUAACGUGCCGGGUUUUGUCGACCGACAUGUUGAAAGCCUUAAGUGACAUGUUUAUCCAUGAAGGGACAAACAAAUUUGAUAGGGAGGACAAUGAAGAAUUAUGUAUGAAAAUAGACUCCUCAUAUGGCAGAGGGAAGGAAGAUUCCUUGGUUCUUGCUGGUCUUCAUGCAUGUGGGGAUCUUUCAGUGACAAUGCUCAAGAACUUUGUGGAGUGUGUGGAAGUUAAAGCAGUUGUUAGCAUUGGCUGUUGUUAUAACUUAUUGUCUGAGGAGGGUGUUGACAAUGCUGGCAUGCAGUGCGGCUUCCCCAUGAGCAAUGGUGUUAAAUCUGAGGGCUUUUCACUUGGCAAAUGUGCACGUGAUCUUGCUUGUCAGAGUGCGGAGAGAUGGAGAAGCCUCGAAAAAGAUGAUGCUGGUCACAACUUUGAGUUGCAUUCAUUUCGUGCUGCUUUUCAGAUGGUUCUUUCCAAGUAUUAUCCGGAGGUAUUGAAAACAAGUCCCUCAAUUGGGCGCCAUGGGAAGGCCUUGCGCCGUCAACAGCGGAGGAGGAUCCUAGAGUCUUCAGUGAAUUCAAGUGUGCAAUCACAGAGAGAUUGUGAAGGCGGCAAAUCAGGCUUGGUGUUGGCCAAACUUGCUGUGCAAAGUGGUGCUAGAUGUGAGGACACUUUUUUUGGAGACAAAUGUCUGCAUUUUGAGAAGUUUAACUUGUCUGGAUUACAUCGCCUUGGGCUCAAGCCUCUGCAGGGCAUAAAUUUUCAAACGAUAUGGAAAGAAGCUGAGCCAUUUGCUCAGGAACUUAUAGGACCUUAUUGGUCUCUGCGAGCUUCUCUAGGAGCUGUCCUGGAAACUCUCAUUUUGCUCGAUAGAUUGUUGUUCCUUCAAGAGAAAGGGAGUUCCUUGGAAGCUUUCAUGUUGCCUGCUUUUGAUCCUUCUUUAUCCCCGAGGAAUUUAGCUAUAGUGGCUGUAAAGAUUUGAGACGAGCCUGGACUUUUGUUUUAACAGGUCUCUCUCUCUCCCCCCUUCUCCUUAGCACUAUCCGUGCAAGCAUCCAGAUGAGCAGGCUCAUUUUUGUUUGGCAUUUCUUGCUCUUCUAUUUUUCUCUGUGGGGAUGGACAAUAUCAGAGCAGCACUGUAAUAAUAGGGUUGUGGUUCCUUCUCUCACAUGCCAUAUUUAAUCGGUUGUACAUUCAAAAUCUUUUAUGUUAUAUCUGCAAUCAGCGAUUGCUUGUUAUGUGCUC